AUGCGAUUAUCCUACCGUACUCUUCUCUCAAGCCCCGCCUCUCUUUCUCCACUAUCAAAACGGCCGAUUUUAUCAUCGAAAAAGCCGAAAUCCGAAGGCGAUGCCACGUCAUUUGUGGAUUUCCGGCGAGUACGCUCGCUGCUCCGCGCGAUUUCUCGUGCGAAACCAAAAGUCGCCUCGUACCCAUUCACAACCCUCCGACCGCAUAUUGGAGUGGUUUUUUAUGAGGAUUUCGAACAAAUUGCAGUUGCCGAUAUUCCGGGACUAAUUGAAGACGCACAUUUGAAUAAAGGACUAGGAAUCUCGUUUUUAAAACAUAUCGAACGAUGCCAAUCUCUCUGGUACGUUUUGGACUACUCGUCUGGCCAGCUCGCCGAGCAAUACAAACAGCUUCGAUUUGAAUUAGAGGGAUACCAAAAAGGACUGGGAGACCGGGCGACAACGAUUGUCAUCAACAAAAUUGAUUUAUCAGCGCAAGAACCUCAAAAAUUAUCAUCGAUUUUCCCAAAUUUCCCGGUUUUCCCAGUUUCUGCACAAGAGAAAACUGGAUUGGAGCCACUUUUGGUGCACUUGAGAGAGCAGUAUGAUAAGGGGAACAAUUAG